AUGUCUGCAUUUGGGCUCGUGGAUUCAUAUGAGGAAUUCUCGGAGUGGCGUGCAGCGUCAUCGCGGGCCCUCCUCCUGGCUCUUCAGCUGCACCCGGCAGAGCGUCUCGAGCGCUUGGCAGAGCCGCUGCAGAAGGCCAUUCGAGAUGGCCUGGAAGAUGCGCGCGAAGAGGUCCGCUCCUGUGCCCGGCAGUGCUUCUGGGCUUUUACGGAGAAGUUCCAGGAGCGGGGCCUUCGCUUUCUGGCACUAUUGAAUGCCAACAGGCAGCGGCAGCUGAGAGCAGAGGCACCGGCCGCAGCAGGUGGUGCAGCCCCUGCGCCAGCGGCCAAGGCCCGCGCCAGGUCUGUGUCUCAAAAGCGCAGCAGGGACAGUCCGGAGGCGAGAGUGGAG